CAGGGCGUCUGGCCUGCAUUCCUCGCGGCCCCGCCCAGGCGGCUGCCCGUGACCUGCCUGGGUGCAGGGAACGGGAAGUCGGAAGGGGUAAGAGGAGUCCAGUUCGCCAUGGGGCUGUUUGGAAAAACCCAGGAGAGGCCUCCCAAAGAGCUGGUCAAUGAAUGGUCAUUGAAGAUCAGAAAGGAAAUGAGAGUUGUUGACAGGCAAAUAAGAGAUAUCCAAAGAGAAGAAGAGAAAGUAAAACGGUCUGUGAAAGAUGCAGCCAAGAAGGGCCAGAAGGAUGUCUGUGUAGUUCUGGCCAAAGAGAUGAUCAGGUCAAGGAAGGCUGUGAGCAAGCUCUAUGCAUCCAAAGCACACAUGAACUCUGUGCUCAUGGGGAUGAAGAACCAGCUUGCUGUCCUAAGAGUAGCUGGUUCCCUGCAGAAGAGCACAGAAGUGAUGAAGGCUAUGCAGAGUCUUGUGAAGAUCCCAGAAAUCCAGGCCACCAUGCGGGAGCUGUCCAAAGAGAUGAUGAAGGCUGGGAUCAUAGAGGAGAUGUUAGAGGAUACAUUUGAAAGCAUGGAUGAUCAGGAAGAAAUGGAAGAAGCAGCAGAAAUGGAGAUUGACAGAAUCCUCUUUGAAAUCACAGCAGGAGCCUUGGGCAAGGCGCCCAGUAAAGUAACUGAUGCCCUUCCUGAGCCCGAACCUUCAGGAGCGAUGGCUGCCUCAGAAGAGGGAGAUGAUGAGGAAGAUGAAGAGGACCUGGAGGCCAUGCAGUCCCGGCUGGCCACACUCCGAAGCUAGGGCCACCCAGUUGGGGCCUCAACUCUCUGGUGCCCUCCUGUAGGUGUGGGCACAGCCUCGAGGAAUCACCGUUUCCUGUAUCUCUUGCACUAUACCUCUGCGGUGAAGCACUGCAUUUUGGAGAGGGUUCUGUGGUAGUUUAUCUUCACUGUCGGCAGAGGCUUUUAAGGAUUGCUUUCAUGAAAGUGGUGUAAUCCAAUGCAUCAUUUUCAAGAGCAUAAAUAGUAGAAGUAUCUUCCUUGGGGGAGGGCAAAGAAACCCAUUUUCUCAUGAAGCAAUUCUGAGAGGAGUCGAUUGAAUGUUGACAACUCUCUGCCGGUGUGUGUGUAAAAUACUACUUAAGUGGAUGUCAAUAAACUUCUGCUUUAGCUCUUGGUCUCACUGUAAAUGUCACAUGCAGUCCACUCAAGGUGUUGAUCUCCCAGAUGAUAUCCCAGUGUUGACCCUGGAAAGAGGGUGCCAUCGCCAGGCAUCAGAACGUGGGAGCUCAGCAGAAGUGCCUUCUGCUCUGCAGUCUGGUCCUAAUCUUCACAGACAGGGUUGGGGGGCCAUGCUUGCACGGUCGUCAUCCCUUUAACAGAUAAUCCCUUUAACAGUUGGUAAUGUGCUGUGUUGGCUGGGGAUCAUAUCACACACUGGCGUAUGCAUGGGGAGUCUUUGCAGCUGCUAGGCCUUCUCCCCACAGCAAGGGUCAUGCAGAACAGACAGCACUGGGAUUGGGACUCUUACACCCCAUUCUUGCUUGGAGCCAAGUAUCUUGCAUUACAGGGACAUAGCCUAACCAUAAACACUAAGAACUAACCAGCAAGAAGCUUUGGUUAAACAUCGAAAACAGGACAUGCUUUAGAUACAUUGAGAAGUAACUUGGCAGUUGCACUGUGUGUCUGAGACAGUUGGAAAAGCUCUUUGGCAUACAUGGUUUCAUUCAGACCUCACAGAUGGCAACAGCUGUUUGCUAAAGUCACAAACUCUAAUGUACAGUGGCGUGUCUCCACCAUUAUUGUGGCACAGAAUGGCCUUGCUACCUACAAGCAAUGCACCCUGUGCAUCCCCCCCUUUCUGAUCCCUCGGUCUGUUUACUGCCUCCUUGGGUUUUCCUUCUCCAGCCUUUCAGACUGUCUUCCCUCGUGUGGCCAUAGGCAUUUGAGUUUGCUCUGUGGGUCUCGUUGAGCAGCACUCCGCUUCCUGGAUGUACCACAGUUUGUCCUGAAGCAAUGUCUGCAGCAGUUUUCCCUGUGUGUGUGUUUUCAGUUCCUGUGGAUACGAGGGAGCUCAACCAUGUGCUCAGCACGUACUUACUUGGUUCCGUAAGAGGCCAAGCCAGCCUUGCCUAGGAGGAAGAGUACGCCUUUCUGUGUCCUUGGCAGUAUUUGUCAUGAAGGAUUUCUGUUUUCUUGGUACCUUGUCUUGAUCUGUAAUCCCUGGUGAAGUAUGCUGGGCACCUGUUUUUAUACUUGCCUUCUCUGUAUUUUGUUUGGAAAUGUUGAAAUAGUGGCCUUGAACUCAUGACCUCUAUGCUCUACCACCAUGCCCAGCUUGCCACCUGAAUUUUUUCACUGUUGGUAUUUGUUCAUUUUAUAAACUGGAUUGUUUUCUGAUUAUUCAAUUUUAAGGUCCUCUUAAUAUAUUUUGGACCAAUCGUCUAUCAGAUUUUAUCUUAUUCUCUGGUUUGUUCUCUCCUUGUUGACAUUUGCUCAAAGCUCAAGUUUUUUUUACUUUUAAUAAAACCCUGCUUCUUACUUACUUUGUAUAUCAUGCCUUUGGUGUUUAAAAAAAAAAAAGGAGUAUCACUACAGGGGAUGUAGCUCAGUAGUUAGAGUACUGGCCUGGCAUGUACAAGGACCUGGGUUCAAUUCUCAAGUGCCAGCACACACAUGAUAUUCAAUGUUUGUGCUACUAGUAGUUGUCUUGUUUUAGUUACAUAUGUCUAUUUUGGUGGGAUGUAUGAACCAUAGUGUACAUUUGAAGGUCAGAAGACAACCUGUAGGAAUUGGUCCUCUUCCCACAUGUGUUCAGGGAUCAGACUCGGGUGCUCGGACUUGGAGGUAAGCAUGUGUUUUCACUGAACCAGCUUAUGGCCCUUGUGUUGUAUUUUAUAUUGCGGUCUAUAACCCAGUUUCAGUUCAUCUUUAUGAAGGAUGUUAAAGUUUGUGUGUAGGUUUGGUGGCUUUUUUUUGCAUGUGGAUAUUCUGUUGUUCAAGAUCAUUCAUUGAAAAGGCUGUCUUUGUGCCAGUCUAAUUACAUAUUUCUAAUUAAAUAAAUUUUAUAUAGAAUAUAGUUUUAUAAAAUGUUGAUGACCAAAACAGCCUUAUAGUACUUCUCAGUCAGGCCAUAAUUCUGAGUCACCUUUGACUUGUUUGAGACAGUGGCUCACUAUCACUGACUGGCCUGGAACUUGCCGUGUAGACCGGGCUGGCCCAAAUUGAUACAGGUCCACCUGCCUCUGCCUCUGGAGUGCUGGGAUUAAAGGCGUGCACCACCACACCUGGUAUUCUUUUCUUUAAAAGUUGUGGUGGUAGUUGUGGGUCUCUUGCCUCUUAAUGUAAACUUUAGAAUUAAUUUACUGAGAUUCAAAAAAAAAUUGCUAGUUUUUCCUGGGAUUGCACUGAACCUGUGGAUUCCAUUGGUAAGAACUGACAUGUUGCAAUGACGCCACAGUGCUUUACAUUGAGCCAGUGAGCUUCUUUACAAGGUGACACUGGUGUUAGCUGCCCAUAUCCCUGGGCACUUGAGUUUGUAUAUUGAUAAUCAAACUUUAGCCAAGUAGAUCACAUUGACAGCUUCUCUUCUAAGCACUCAAUGAGCAGGUUAUCACAUUCAUGUUUUCUCGCUAAGCAGAGCGUUUUUGCUUGUCUGCCAUGUCUUCCUUUUCCCCCUCAUGCUUUGAUGGCAUCACAGGAAACAGUUCAGAUCUGCAAACUGUCCCUCUAUCCCAGGUACUAAACUAGAUACAGUAACAGAAAUACUGGCUUUUCUGCCAUCCCAUCAGGACCCACUUGGCACCAUCAAGGGUACCUAAAUUAUCACUGCACUCCCAGCCCACUCACUCUAACAGUUCACUCUGAAACAUCACCCUAGGCAGACAGUUGUGGCCUUCCCUGCACCCGUGCCGUAGCCCCUCCAUCUCACAGCCAAGCUGCCUCCUAUGUUACAGGGGCAGAUGAAAAAAAUCCUGUUUUCUGUCCUCAAGUAUUUUGCUUAAAAGUCAAUGAAGAAAAGAGUCUAAUAGAGUGUUCCCAUUGAGGUUAAUAGUACAGACGGCAGUCUCAGGACAAAGGCAGUAUUUGAAGAAAGAAUGCCUGAAGCUCUCCCGAGUCUGUAGAAAUUUCUUCAAGAAGCACAAAGUCACAGCACUGGAAGAACGAGGUAGAAAAGAUCAAUCAAUAACUAGAUACUGAUACAUGGGUAUUUACAGUCAUUGACAUGAAGCACAGUUGUACCGCCACUUGCCAAGGCUGACAUCACUGCUGCCUGGAACAGAAUGUUCUGGAGAAACAGCUGAACCAAUGGAUCACUGCCCCUAACAACCUGACAUCCCAUCUUGUGGUUUUAGAGCAUAAAAUGAGAAUUCAAACUGGACACAGCCCCGAGACCUUUCAGGCGCUGGCCUGGCAUCUGCCCACUGAUGACAUCACAUCCACUCUCACUGGUGUCGGAGUGCUCAUUUCAGAAAGAUGCUAAAUUCUUUAAGGGACUCUGAUUGGGACAUGUGACAGUAGAGGCUGCAGAAGAGAAAGAUCUUUAAAGCCACCAAAGAGCAGGUAAAGGGGUUUUCAGUAAGAUCUAUGUAUGCUUACUGAUUACAGACCGCUGUGGCCAGGAGACAACAGGGUAACAUUUUUAGGAUGUUCAAAAAAAAAAAAAAAAAAAAA